GGUUGGAGGGUGUGGCUCAGGAAUUCUCCACAGACCUCUCUCCUUCGUGUUCUUUCACAGGUUUCUUUCCGCAGGUUUAACUCUGACUAGACUUCUCUGGGAACCGCAGGUUUAACUCUGUGUGACUCGACUUCUCUGGGAACCGCAGGUUUAACUCUGACUAGACUUCUCUGGGAACCGCAGGUUUAACUCUGACUAGACUUCUCUGGGAACCGCAGGUUUAACUCUGACUAGACUUCUCUGGGAACCGCAGGUUUAACUCUGACUAGACUUCUCUGGGAACCGCAGGUUUAACUCUGACUAGACUUGUCUGGGAGCCGUCGGUUUAACUCUGACUAGACUUGUCUGGGAACCGCAGGUUUAACUCUGACUAGACUUCUCUGGGAACCGUAGGUUUAACUCUGACUAGACUUCUCUGGGAACCGCAGGUUUAACUCUGACUAGACUUCUCUGGGAACCGCAGGUUUAACUCUGACUAGACUUCUCUGGGAGCCGUCGGUUUAACUCUGACUAGACUUGUCUGGGAUAUUUCUCUCCACCACCAAACGUGUGCUGUAUUUUAGCAUGGGAGUCGUAGGAGGAAUCAAAUGCAUCAAAUAUCUGAUGUUCAUGUUCAACUUCCUCUUCUGGUUGGCAGGAACAGGAGUGUUGGCCGUAGGGCUGUGGCUGCGUUUUGACUCUCGGACUGAGGGACUGUUCAGUGGAGAGGACUCUCCUUCUGUCUUCUUCACCGGUGUGUAUAUUCUGAUCGCUGCGGGGGCGCUGAUGAUGGUUGUUGGGUUCCUGGGCUGCUGUGGAGCCAUUAAGGAAUCCCCCUGUAUGCUCGGACUGUUCUUCUUCUUCCUGUUGUUGAUCUUUGGGGUGGAGGUAGCAGCAGGGAUCUGGGGGCUCUCCAAUAAAGAUACGGUGGUGGAAGACAUCACAGAGUUCUACAAGCAGACUUACAAUAACUACAUGAACACCAAGCAGGAGGCCCUGAAGGAGACAUUACGCCUCAUACACUUUGGACUGAACUGCUGCGGCGUGACAGGCACGAUAAUUGACAGCGCCAGGGAGACCUGCCCAAAGAAGGAAGGACUGGAGGCUCUGAUUACCACGAGUUGCCCAGCGGCCAUUGACGAGGUGUUCAACUCUAAACUCCAUAUCAUUGGAGGAGUGGGCAUCGGAAUUGGAGUCCUCAUGAUCUUUGGGAUGAUCUUCAGCAUGCUGCUGUGCUGUGCCAUCAGGAGGUCCCGUGACAUCAUGUAGACUCAGACUCUGCCAUUCCGUGCACUUAACUUAUCUGUGUGUCUGUCCUCAAUAGAUGUUAAAUGCUCACUAGGUUUGUACUGCCAUUCGAGUUAGUUGUCAGUUUUAGGCUGGCAGCCAACCAGCCAGCCAGCCAGCCAGUCAGUCAGGCUCUACCCUGGAUGGAAACUCAGUCUCCUGUGAAUGUGUGGAGCUGUGCUGAGGUUUCUGGCUGUGUAACAAUGUAAUCAGUGUAUCGUUUCAUCACUGUAGAAGCAAAACGCCUUCAAAUCUGCCAGAAUUUAAUCUGUUGUAUGUGCUUUAAAAACCUGACUAUGUUUCUCCUCAUAUUGCCUGUUUGUUCAGCUACAUGGACUGUAAUAACUUUAUGGCAGAGUACAGAUUUUAUAAACAUUUUUAUUGCAACUAUUUUGAUGUACAAAGAUGUGUAUUUCUUUGAAUUGCCAAAUAAAAGGACUUAAUAUGGA